CUUGGAUGAACAGUAAACGUUUGCAUUAGACAAAGUACAACACGUUUUCUUAUCGCUACUUAACCGGGAAAAAACUAAAACAAAACAAAUUCAGUGAAAAUGCCGUGCCCCUGUGGAACUGGUUGCAAAUGUGGCACUCAAGGCCAAGGAAAUUGUGGUUGCGGUAACGGAGGAACCUGUCAAUGUGGCAGUGGCAAAGGUUGCGGCGGUAAAUGAAAUGACAGAGCGACAUUGAAUCCCAUUAGCACUACGCGUAGUAUGUAGCAAACACAAAGGCUACAAAUAACCAUGAAUUAUCGAAUCCAUAUCAAUUUGUUACAAAUUUAAGCGUAACAAUUAGAGCACACUAAUGUAUUUAAAUCAUAGCAAUAUUAGAUAUCAUAUUUGAAUUAUUAGCAUAUGUGAAAUGCGUACUCGUAUUAUGUUGCAAUACAGGCCCAUUUGAGAGACAAA